GUCAGAUGGCUUGAAAUGCGACAUCCGCUCCUUGCUGAAGGAUCUCGAGCUGCAGGCGGCCGCGGAGCCUGGCCAGACUCAGCCGGAGCCGGGAUCCACUGAGCCCCUGCGCCUGGCGCCGCAGGCGCGCAUCAGAAGUCGAUACCGCCCUGGUCGUGGCCGCGGCCACUUGACGAUUGAGCCAGUGAGCGCUGUGCGUUCACCGUGGGAUGAACGCUUUACCGGCCUACCCAGUGCAGCCGAUGGCCUUGAAGAGCAGCUACAGAAGGAACAGGCAGACCGCGAGUGGCGGUUUCAGGAUCGCCUUAGAGAGCGCUGGGCGCUGCCAAUCUGUGAGGCUCGCCCUCGGCUCUUGGAAGCGAUCCGUCGAAGCCGAGUGACGCUGGUCGCAGCAGAAACCGGCUCAGGCAAGUCAACGCAAGUUCCUCAGUACCUUCUGGACGAUGCCAUCGCCCGAGGCCGGGGUUCGACCUGCCACAUCGUUUGCACCCAGCCUCGGCGUUUGGCGGCGGUGUCCCUGGCCUCCAGGGUGGCCUGGGAGCGAGGAGAGCGUGCCGGCGACGCAUCAGUGGGCUACGUCGUGCGCUGGGACGAACGCCCGUCAAGGCCCUGGGGCUCCAUGGUUUUCUGCACUGUGGGUGCCUUGCUUCCGCGCCUGUCUCGCCUGGGUGCCUCGCACAUCAUUGUCGACGAGGCCCAUACUCGCGACAUUCAUACGGACUUGCUCCUCACCGUCUUGCUCGAGCUCCUCAGCCUCUCGGAGGACCUGAAGGUGAUCGUGAUGUCCGCCACGCUGGACGUGUCAAAGUGGCAGCGCCACUUUGGUGCUUUCGGCUGCGAACUGGUCCAAGCUGGCGGGCGUCCCUACCAAGUAGACCAGUAUUUUCUGGAGGACAUCAUCGAGAAGCUGCGCUGGCGACCCGACGCAGGGGGCGAGCCCGAGACGCUUGGCGUUUGGUCGGACAUUGACUGCAACAGGGGCUUCGUGGAUCAACUUGGUCAAUUUCGCCCUGAGACUGUGAAUGUCGUCCGAUCUCUGCCGGAGAGCAUGAUUCCCUUUCACUUGCUGGCAUCCAUCAUCAAGUGGGUUGACAGUUGGGACAAGGCUGGUAGUGUCCUCGUGUUCCUCCCAGGCUGGCACGAGAUCGCCGUCUGCAGUUCUUUUCUGCAUCGAGAUCCUCAGCUGCGCCACCUGGAGUUUGUGCCACUCCACAGCAGUGUGCCCCCCUCCGAGCAGCAGCGAGCCUUUCAGCCGGCGAAUUCGGGCUGCCGGAAGGUCGUGCUAGGCACAGACAUCGCCGAGACGUCGAUCACCAUUCCGGACAUCCUUUGCGUCAUUGACAGUGGCCUUGCGAGGAUCAAGAAGCACACGAACUUAGAGGUGGUGUGGGCCAGCCAAGCCAACCUCCAGCAGCGUGCCGGCCGUGCCGGACGCGUGCAGCAAGGGAUUUGCGUCCACCUGCUCACUCGCUCCCGAUUCCAGCUUCUCGACUCUGAGCCAACUCCGGAGAUGCAAAGAGUGCCCCUAGACGAAGCGGUGUUGGCCCUUUGCGAGCUACGCUUGGAUUGGUGCAAAGUCGAUCCUGCUGAUCUUCAGGCCUGGGGCUCGAGCGCCUACGUGAUGACCUUCCUGAAGAAGGCCCCGGAUCCACCUCCGCAAAAAGAGGUUCGAAAUGCUUUCCGUGAGCUCCAACAUGUGGGCGCUUUGGAUUGGGAAGGCUAUCUGACUCACUUGGGGGCCCUACUCGUCCGCCUACCAGUGGCCCCGGCGCUUGGGGCCGCGCUGUUCAUG